ACUGUCAUUCACUGUCACAGCAGCACAGAGGGGGGAUCUGCAGAGAACGCUGAACUUACUGUUGCUCUUUUUUUUAGGUCGGAAGUGUCAAAGCUACAACUUCCAAGCAGCACCAGGGCUGAGCAGCAGCUGAGUGUUAGCGGCCGGCUGAACCAGAGAUGCUGCCUGGACGCCCAACAUGACCGCUGUUCCCCGACAGGGCGUGCCGUUACGACUCCGGACAAGAUGGAGGAGCAGCUGUUUCGGUCAGUGGAAGGUCAGGCAGCCUCGGAUGAAGAGGAGGACAAGUGGACCAGUGAUCAACAAAGACGAGUAGAUGAGGUGAAGAGGAUCCUGACCAGACUGUCCUGCUGUGGGGAAAGAUGUGAUGACAAGGCAUUCAAGAAGCUGAUGUCUAACUUCGGGAGCUCGAGAAGCGAAGAAAGCUGCAGCGCCGUGGUGGAGCUCUUGGAAAGGGUGACCAGGUUGCAUAAGCAGCUGGAGCUGAAAGAAAGCCAGGCAGAGAUAGACAUGGACCAGAUGAAGGACUCCCUGAUGCAGGAGCUGCAGCAGAAGGCUGAGGAGACGGAGCUGCUUCAGAUGGAGCUGCAGAUGCUGGAGACAGAGAGGGUUCGUCUGUCGCUGGUGGAGGAGAAGCUUGUGGACAUCCUGCAGCUCCUCCAGCAGCUCAGAGACCUGAACGUCUCUCGGAGGUCUCUCGGGAAAAUCCUGCUCAGCACGUUGGAGUCUUGCAGCGACCCGCAACACGGCAAAGCUCACAUCCUGGAGGUGCUCAACGCUCUCUACCAUGAACUGGCUGCUUGUGAGAUUCUGUCCACUGGGGGACCUUUGGAGAGGACACCAAGUCAGCAGUCUCUCAACGCCCUCAUCAUCUCCUGCUAGACAAGACUGCCUCCUGGUGGGCGCAGAACAUCUUCCUCAAGGACACUGAAAACAGAACAGUGGUCAAAAAUAAAGCUCAUUGAUGUGUAUAUUGUAUUAUACUGUAGCUUAUAUACUCCUUAUAUCUCAUAUAAAGGGAUGGUAGAAUAGAAUUAUUGUAGCAAAGAGCUUCAUUAGAUAUAAAUGAAAUUCUUGUUUAUACAUGUUUUUUUCCCCCCGAGAGCUUUUAUUGCACAUACCUUUUUCAUGAUCCAGUGGGGAAUGUUUUUAUUAUUAAUUGUUCUACAGCAGACUUAUUAAUGUGAAAAUGUUGAAAUAAGCUCAGAUUUAAAGGCAUGCAAAAUGCUCUGGCAACAAUAUGGAUUUAAAGGAAGCCACAUAUUAGUUCACAAGCCUCAAAAUCAAAUGAGUUGAAUGGGAAAUGUUUUUAAAAAUGCAGACUACACGGCAACCCUGUGGCCAGUGUUUUAAUUAAGGGGCUUUUAUUUACAUGUAAUGUUGGGACCAUGCAUGGGACCAUCACCCACCUUGUUUGUGUUUGACUUGAGGUGUCUCUGACAAAUGCGUAACAUGAACUGGACCAAUAAAACAUCAUUGCAAUUUUGUAAA